GAAAGGUAUGGUCCAUUGGCUUCAAAAGGCUAUAGAAUAUACCGAACAAAGAUGAUUUGAGGGAGGAUCUUUUGGAAAGCAAGAGGAAAACGAGGAAGUCAGAAGAUGUCUUUUGUUCGAGGGAUACUCGAUCAGAAGGAAACAUAGGAGAUCAAGAGAAAUUGAAGAAAAAGUGGAUCGGAACAAGAAGCAAGGGCACCAGAAGGGAAGGAACAAUCGAAACACUACAAUGGAGGUCAUAUGGCGCAGAUGGGAAAGAAGAACUUGACUCUGUUCCAAACACUACGAAAGGAGAAAGCAGCUAGAGCUAGGGUUACUGGGAACACUGAGCUUCCUAACUUGCAAGAGUCGCUGGUGGAUGUUCACGUACAUGGUGGGACAAAAAGAAAGGUCGAGCUGCCAGCUAGGCCUGGUAGGGGCAAAGAUGUGAAGAAGGUCUGGGCUGCUCUGUUAGGGGUGGGGUCGUCUAAUGGCACAAAAGGGCCUGAAGUUGGGCUGAUUGAGCUGCUAGAGACGGUUGUGCGACGAGAUAUUAAAAUUAAUAUGCCGAAGACGCUAAUUAAUUCAAUCGGUAACAUGGAUCCUGACCAUCUGGUGAGGACUAUGGUGGAAUUUGGUAGUAAGGCGCUACUAUUGGGUCGCGAGGUUGGGUCCUUGUACCAGGGGGGUUGAAGGAAGGGAAUCAGGAAAAGCUGGAAGAGUUGCAAGAGAAGGUUGACAAACAUGCCGAGGAGAAGGAGGCCUGGAAGAAGGAAAGGGAAGAAUGGCUAGAAGAGAGGAAAAAGCUGGCAACGUGGAGAGUGCGCUGCUUGGACUCGGAGGAGAAAUUGAAGGGUAUUGUUGAUUUGGAGGCGGAUUAUGACGAGAUGAAGGAGAAACAUGACGGUCUGGAGGUGAAGCUUGAUGAUUUGAAGAGUUAUGUUAUCCAGGAACAUAUAAAUGGAGUUUAGAAGGGGUUGCGGCAAGCGGCUUUCUUUUACAAGGAUGUGGAUGCUGGGGAUGUUAGAUUUGAUGUAAAUAAAGAUGUGGUUGACGGUGUGCUCGUGGAUGAGGUAGAAUCCAAUCCUGGGGAGGAUGCAGGGAAGGUGGCAGAGGUUAAGAAGGUAGAUGCAAAUCCUAAUGAUGCAGUGGAAGCGAAAGAUGCCAAAUAGGGGGUGGCUUAGGAUUGGUGUUUGAAUGCUGUCAAUUUGAUUUCGAUUCUAAGUUUGUAUUAAUCCGUACACUAUCUACUUUAUUGUUAAUGUGAUGGUUAUUCUUGGUAUGUUUGUUGUUGCGCGAUGUCGAUAUGAUGUGUUAUAAUAGUGUGUGGAAUGAUGUUUUCGUGAAUGAGUUGUGAUGUAGACCGUAUUUGGUUAUAGUCCGUGUUAAUUUGAGAAAGGUGUUCGACCCAGGCCGUUUACUUAUAGUAAGGGUGGGGGACUAAAAGUGAAUUAAACAUUAAGUGAGAGGUGUUCGAUUCAGGCCGCUUACUUGUGGUAAGGGUGGGGAACUAAAAGCGAAUUAAACAUUAAGUUAGGGGUGUUCGACCCAGGCCGCUUACUUGUGGUAAGUGUGGGGAACUAAAAGCGAAUCAAACAUUAAGUUAGGGGUGUUCGACCCAGGUCGCUUACUUGUGGUAAG